GGUGCAGUUCAGCGCUGCGGCGCAUCGGGGGCGCUGUGGGGCUCUCCGCGGCUCUCUCCGCGGCUCUCCGCGCAAAGUCGGGGCGCCGUCGUUGAAGGGGAGGAGCGCCGCGAGGAUGAAGUAGCCGCGCGGUCCGCCAGAUGAAGCAGUCGCCCGCGCUCCGAGUAGCGACCCCGUACAGAUGAGGGAUAAAGAGGCGCCGACGCAGCCCGAGCCCUCAGCGUCACUUCGCCCACGGCUUCACAGCGCCUCGGAGUAAAAGACUUGAGAGCGCGCGGACCGGGGGGGGGCGGGGGCACCUGAUAUGUAAUAUAACGGGGGAGCGAGGGGGGUCGGGGGGGCACCACGAGAACAUCCCCGUACUUUUCUGCGAGAGAAUGAAACGGCAGCGGUUGCUGGGCUGAAGAGCGUAUUUGCGACUGAGCUCUUGGCGGCGGCGGUCGGAACGAGGACGGACACCGGGGGGGCUCCAGCCUCGCCGCCACCACCACCACCACCACCACCACCACCGCACCACCACCACGCCGAGAGGUGCAGCCAUUCACACAAAAAGAGACUGUGCUACUGUGUGAUGUGCAUCACUGUCCAAGUGGAAUUUUAUACAGCUGACCCGAGUUCGCUUUGAGAAAGAGACAGUUCUUCGGAUAUGUCUCGACAUCACAACCGGUUCGAGAGAGACUACCGAGGUGCGUGGGACAGAAGGGAUCGCUGUGUGGGUCUCAACAACGGCCUCGGCAACAACUGCAACACAACAAACAGCUGCGGUGGGACUGGUGGGCCUCCCAGCAGUAACAACCGACCCGGGCUCCUCCCUCUUCCCGUCAUCCCUUCGCUGCUCCCCACCCCGGCUACAGUCGCCGUGACCACCACCAGCAAUGAGCUGGCCUGCAAACGCCUGGGAUCUGGAUCCAGCACACCCACUGCCAAGGCCUCUGGACCUUCACCGAGUGAGAACCACACCCAGGGGCAGAUUCUGGCACCAGGGGUCCGGUGGGGUCAGACCCCCAUCAAUCAGGCUACACCUUGGGAGACGGAUGAGCCACCGACCAAACAAAUGCGGGAGAACGACAGCACUGCUCCACCGUGGAUCCCUCCUGUGCCAACAGUGAGCCAGGCCAGCCUCCUAGCUCAUACGUACGGGAUGCCCCAAGCCCCAGUGUACAGCCAAGCUGUGACUGUGCAAUCGCCUGUCAUUGGAGUGACGCCUGCCAUCCAAGCCCCUGUACCACCACACCAUCCACACAUGCCAACUCACUUUCAGCUUCCACAGCAGUCCUCGCAGCCCCUCACCAACAUAGUGAUCAACAUGCAGAACCAGCCCCUGUACACCACAAGCCAACCACCCGUCACCAUAUCGCCCAUGCCUGCAGUGUGUCAGGUGACCCACCCUGUGCACAGCGUGGUAGGCAAUGGCCACAUGUCCCACCCCCUGCUGCAGCCACCAACCCUGCUAUCUUCAGCUGCUCUACCUGUCAGCGCUCCUCCGAUGGCCAAUGGGCAAGCAGUUUCUCAAGCUCCUGCCCUUGCUCCGUCCAAUCAGGAAAGUCCCAAUGGGCUUCAGAUGCUGAGGACCGUUGGGAUGGGAAAAUACGAGUUCACUGACCCCUGGCACCCAAAAGAGAUGUUGAAGGAGUUGAACCAGCAGCGCAGAGCGAAAGAGUUUACAGACCUGAAAAUUAUUGUUGAAGGCAAAGAGUUUGAAGUCCACCAAAAUGUUCUAGCUUCCUGCAGCUUGUAUUUCAAGGACCUGGUUAAAAGGUCAUCAGGGGAGAAGAGGACCGGGGAGAAGCUGGAGGUGUCAAUGACCAACAUUGGAGCAGAUGUCUUGGAGCUGCUGCUGGAGUUCGUCUACACAGGCUCACUCAUCAUCGAUGCCGCCAACGCCAAAACGCUACUGGAGGCAGCCAACAAAUUCCAGUUCAAUACCUUCUGCAAAGUUUGUGUAUCCUUCUUAGAGAAGCAGCUGACGGCUGGGAACUGCUUGGGUGUGCUGGCCAUGGCUGAAGCCAUGAAGUGUACGGAGCUCCACAACAUGGCCAAGGCCUUCGCCUUGCAGAACUUCCCCGAAGUUGCAGCCCAGGAAGAGAUCCUCAACAUCUCCAAGGAAGACUUCAUCAGCUACCUUUCCAAUGACAGCCUCAACACCAAGGCCGAGGAGGUGGUUUAUGAGACUGUCAUCAAGUGGAUUAAAAAGGAUCCGGCCUCUAGAGUGCAGCAUGUGUCUGAGCUGCUGGCUGUGGUUCGGUUGCCCUUCAUCCACCCCAGUUACCUCCUGAAUGUCGUUGACAAUGAGGAGCUGAUAAAGUCUUCAGAGGCCUGCAGGGACUUGGUCAACGAAGCGAAGCGCUAUCACAUGCUGCCCCACGCUCGGCAGGAGAUGCAGACGCCCCGGACUCGGCCACGGCUGUCCGCAGGGGUGGCCGAGGUGAUUGUGUUGGUGGGGGGUCGACAGGCCAUCGGCAUGAACCAGCGCUCCUUGACAGCUGUCACAUGUUUCAAUCCUCAGAACAACAAGUGGUACCCCCUUGCCAGUCUGCCUUUCUAUGACCGCGAGUUCUUCAGUGUCAUUUCAGCUGGGGAUAAUAUCUAUCUGUCAGGUGGCAUGGAGGCAGGAGUCACCGUCUCCGAUGUGUGGUGCUACAUGUCCCUGCUGGAUAAUUGGAACCUGGUGUCACGCAUGACGGUCCCCCGAUGUCGCCACAACAGCCUUGUGUACGACGGGAAGCUGUACACCAUCGGAGGACUUGGAGUAGCAGGAAACCUAGACAACGUGGAAAGGUAUGACACCAUCACGAACCAGUGGGAGAGUGUGUCCCCGUUGCCUAAACCGAUUCAUUCCGCUGCUGCGACUGUGUGCGGGGGGAAGAUCUACGUGUUUGGCGGAGUCAAUGAAGCGGGCCGCUCUGCGGGUGUGCUGCAGUCCUAUGUGCCCCAGACCAACUCCUGGAGCUUCAUCGAGUCCCCGAUGAUUGAUAACAAGUAUGCUCCAGCUGUCAGCCUCAAUGGAUUCAUAUUCAUCCUGGGAGGAGCCUAUGCCAGAGCCACCACGAUCUACGACCCAGACAAGGGCAACAUCAAAGCAGGACCCAACAUGAACCAUUCCAGGCAGUUUUGCAGCGCCGUGAUCCUGGAUGGAAAAAUCUACGCCACCGGUGGCAUUGUGAGCAGCGAGGGGCCGGCCCUGGGGAACAUGGAGACCUUCGACCCCUGCACCAACACGUGGACGCUGCUGCAGAACAUGCCCUGUCCGCUCUUUCGACACGGCUGCGUGGUCAUCAAGAAGUACAUCCAGAGCGGCUGACGUGGCCGGGACGCCUCAGGGUUAACGAUGCUGACGUCGAUGCCUACAGCGAACCCAACGGUAAACCCCCCACCAUCGAUGUGUGCGGAAUGUAGACUUUUACACUUUCUUCACUGCUCGGUGAAGUGAAAGGCCCAGCGCCUCAGCUAUGUAACAUAGUGUAACUUAUACCACCAUACGGUGGUGUCACUAGAUGUUUGUAGUGGCACUAGUCGCGAUGCUAGCUUGUUGGUUUAAUUCAAACGUGGUCGUUUUAUUUUCCCUCUGUAAUACAAGUUCCAGUGUCGCUUUCUGUUUCUCUCAUAUUCUCAUAGGGACAUUUGAUCUCUCCUCAUACCUCCAGCGGUUUAUUUGUGUAUGACAUAGAAGUUAACAGACAGGGUUAAAUGUGACAACAGCACGCUCCCCUAUCCGUGCUGUCACUCCGGUUCGUCAACAGUUCGCCGUUUUCCCAGACAGACACUGUCCCGAUGACUCGGUGCUCCGGUGUAAACAGGAGUACGUACGCAAAGCUGCGCACGAGCUUUUACCACCUAAAGUAAGCGUGGCGUGGAGCAGGGAGAGACACUGCUGUCUGGGAAGGACUUCGUUGCCCGUGUCGGGAGGACGGCGGGGAGAGAACGCUCCUUUUCUGGCUCAGAGACCGUGCAGUGCAGGACAGUGGCCUCGUGGGGAACGCCCGUGGCUGGUGCUGAGGUGUGACAAGAUCAGACAAGGAGCAUCUCAGCUGGCUUUGAGAUGGGAUCUAAAGGGCUGGAAACAGACCAUUUGAUGAUUAUGGAGCCGUUUCUCUGACACCCAGUCAAAGCACAAAUGAUUCGAGCCUCUGGGUUUUACUGCAUUCAAUAAUAUUGUAUUU